AUGGGGUUAAAGUACCUGCUCAUCGCUGCGUGCUUGCUACAUGGUCCCCUGUUUUCGCGACAAUGGCUCAGUGGGUGCAGUGCGGAGGGUGAGAGUGCACCCUUGUGCCAAAUCCCCACCUCCCUGCCUCCCCGCCUCCCUGCCUCCCAGCCUCCCCGCCUCCCCCCUUUCCUCCCUGCCUUCCUGCCUCAGCAGGCUCAGCAGUGUAAUAGUGCGAUGAAGGGAGGAGAAGGAGGGAGCGGAUGGUGCGGCCCUCUGCCUUGCCUCGUGGCUGUUAUCCGUGAUGUGCACUGGGAGCCUGUGCUGCAGCAUGAGGGUCCAGGCGCGGGCAAACAGGGGGCAGAUGGCGUGUCUCGCUAUGAGGGGCAGGCAGGCGGGCCGGCAUUGGGGAGGAAGAGCAACGUGGGGCAGUGGCACAUGGGGUGCUGCGGCACCAGGGUAUGGAAGGGCAUGGAGAGGGGAUGGGUGUUGAGAGUGGUGCAGUUAGUUGCAGGGGCACACUGCAAUAGAGGUGGGGGGGUGGUGAGGGCAGAGGAGGGCGGGAAAGCGAGUGCAGCAGUGGGGGGAGUGGUGAGGGCAGAGGUUGGCGGGAAAGCGAGUGCAGCAGCGGGGGGAGUGAUGAGGGCAGAGGUUGGAGGAGUGGCGAGCGCAGAAGUGGGGGGGAGUGGCGACCGCAGCAGCGGGGUGGGGGUGGGGUGGUUGCGGCUCGCAAGGCUCAAAGACGGGAGGAUGCUGAAGGAGAAUGUGCUUGCCGUGCCUGCAGAGGAGGUGCGGUGUGGGGGCAGCAGGGACAACACAGAUGUGAGUAUAAGGAGGGGUUACUUCAAGGGGAUGGGUGGCACGUGGAGUAAGCACAGGGGGUAUAUGGGUGCAUGGAGCAAGGAGUGA